AUGAAUAACUCCGGACCGUUCCCGUUCGAGUACACCCCGAGCGGACAAAACAUCAAGAUACGCAAAGAGCAGGUCGUGUUCAACCAACAUGGCGUCGCCAUUCUCGUCAGUCCGGCCGUCAACCAAUCGCUGGACGCGGCGAGCGAGAUGGCGCGUUCGAGAGUCGAGCGACUCACGUCGCCUAGCGACGACGAUCGUCUGCGACACUACGCCGUGCAGGGUCUCUACCUGCGCUCGCUCUACAAGCAGCGCCGCCUGACGGACAUCGCCGUGCACGUCGGCGCGCAGACGUUCCACGCACACAAGAUCGUUCUGACGUGCCGCAGUCAGCACUUCGCCAACAUGUUCCGCCGGAAGACGCGUCGCGGCGCCUCCGCCGUCGCCGACGUCACGCUAGAGGGCGUGGCGGCGAGCGCCGUCGGCGCGUUGCUCGAUUACUUCUACGGCGGCGGACUGACGCUCGACUGUCGCAACUACGCCGACGUGCGCGCGGCGGCGGCGCUGCUGGGAAUCGACGAGGUGACGUCGGCGUGCGACGCGUUUGCCGACGCUCUCGUGUCGACGGACACGGCGCUGCCGCUGUUCGCGCUCGCGUCUGCUUACGGACUCGACGACGUGCGCCGACGCGCCAGCGGCAUCAUCUGCCGCAGUUUCGGUGACGUCAUCGAUUCGGAGGCGUUCCUCAACCUGAGCGCAGACGUGCUGUACGACAUUCUUGUCAACGAUGAUCUGCAGAUAGACAGCGAGCUGCAGUGCUUCCAGGCGGUGCUGAGAUGGCUUGAUUACGACACGGAGAUGCGAAUGCCGGAAGCUGCAAGACUCAUGGCCACCGUCCGUUUCCGCGAUCUGUCCACGGAAUCGAUGUUUGAAUGUUUGGACGCUGCACCGUUCCUUCUCACCCUCCCCGAGUGCAGGGAACUGAUUCUAGCUGCUAACUGUUGCGUGUUGACGAGAUUCAUCGUCUGUCUAGUUACUAUGAUUUCAUCUAAUGAAGACCAGAUGCUGAAGGACGACGUAAGCCAGGGACGUUCGAUGAACAAUCGAACGAAGACGUUCAAGAUUCGCAAACCCGGCUGGAGCCGGGAUUCAGAAGCAAGGUCCGUCAUGCGGACAUUCGGAGGCCGUUAUCCGAAAGUGUGGGCAUCCGACGGAGGCGUCGGUGUCGCUACAUUGCAAACCAAUGAGAAACGACGCAUCGCCAUCACGAUUGUGCGCCAUGUUUGUCUCGUCUACGCCGUCGGAAGUCCAAGACGAGAGAUGGACUUCUAUGAAUCCCUGCGUGGUCCACGCUGCUGGGAGACCUUAGUAGAAAGCGAAGGCUGCCUUUACAUCGGCGCUCGCAUCUACGUGUUCGGGGGCACGUGCUCGCUCGACAAUAGGCCCGUGCAGCAGACGGAGUGUUACGACACGCAUGCGCGGACAUGGCUCGCAAACGUCAAGGACAUUGUCGAGCCGGCGGUCGGUCUCAAAGGAAUCGUAUUCAAAAUGGCCGACAAGCAUCAGUCACUGGAGACGCGACAGGCAUAG